AUGAGUGACCUCACUGACCUCACUGACAACACUGACAAGGCCCCUCGUUAUGGCCUAAGAGCUCGAUUAACAACUCCAGAUUAUAAAGAUGGCUUGAGAAAAAGAAGACCUGAUAAUAAUAACAACAAUAGCAACAAAGACCUAUAA